AUAGCGUUACCGUCAACCUUCUAGAUAUUAGAAUAGCACCCCCAUGUCAUUGGCUUCAGAGUUCAGGUUGUGCAGGAAUUCGGGAUCAUCCCGGCCGGUGGUAUAUCGGCGGAAUCGCUCCGAUACCUCAUUUCCCGAAUGCCCGUCACCGAUUUCUCCACCUCAUGUAGGAACAACCUCAGGGAGGCGAGCCGAGGCUCUCACGUGCAUGCAUCUCAUGUUUGAGGUGAAGCCAUCAAGCCAAUCAUGCGCAAGAAAAGUCAAAUCAUGAUACGGGUUGGAUUGCGACAACAUCGAGCAAUUCGGCAGCCUGCUCUCUCCAGAACAUCUUAUAACCUUCACGGCACCACGGCACCACGGUAACGCGGUGGACAUCCUUUCUUCUCCUAUGAAAUAUCCAUAGCAUCAGCAUCAUGUCCUCUAUAAUUGGGCUACGCUCGGUGGGAUCGCUCCUGAAUGUCGUGGUUCCAUUAUCCUUGACCAGUGCUCUUGGUUCCUAUGUCGUUACCAACGUUGUUCCUGGUUUUUGGCCGGUUCAAUCCUUGAUCGCGUCGUUUGUCUGGCUAUAUAGCGUCCAAUUUACGCUUGUGUUCAUAUACGGAGUCCUCAUAUAUCCCCACUUGGUCAGUCCCUUAAGACAUCUGCCAGAACCAAAGGACAAUGCCUUCCUUAUGGGCCAGUUCUGGAACUUGCUUCGGAAGCCCGACACCGAAUUGACAUCCAAAUGGGUCAACGAAAUCCCAAACGAGGGAUUGGUCCGUUUCCGGAUGUCGUUCAACUCCGAAACGGUCCUGGUUACCAACCCGGCGGCACUGAAAGAGGUUCUCGUCACCAAGAAUUAUGAUUGGGAAAAGCCUGGAAUCGCCCGUGCUAUCCUUUCGGUUCUGUUGGGGAAUGGCAUCCUCAUCGCAGAAGGAGACGAACAUAAGCGGCAAAGGAAACUUUUAUCUCCAGCUUUCUCAUUCCGCCACGUGAAAGAUCUCUACCCUACGUUCUGGGGCAAAGCAAAGCAGUGUACAGAGGCGAUAACCACAGCCAUCAAUGCUUCUCAGCUUCCUGGGAAGGAUAGCCCUCAAUUUCAAAUGAUCAAUGAAUGGGCGAGCCUGUGCACUCUUGAUAUCAUUGGAAUUGCUGGUAUGGGCCACGAUUUCAAUGCCAUUUUGGAUCCGGAAAAUGAACUGAGCCGAACCUACUCCGCUGUGUUUAGCCAGUCCGGAAAGACUAAGGUCAUUGUGGCAAUUCUCAACCGGAUCAAGAGAACGCCUCUUCGGUAUAUCAUCCCGACCGAGAACGUUGUAUCUCGGGCAGCGAAGGUGGUUCGACGGAUAUCUCAGCAGCUCAUAGAGGAAAAGAAAGUCAAUAUUGCGAAGGGUGGCCCCACUGAUCUUGAUAUUCUUUCCAUUGCGAUGGAGUCGGGUGGCUUCUCGGACGAUAACCUUGCGGACCAGCUCAUGACCUUCCUCGCCGCUGGCCACGAAACGACGGCUAACGCGCUGACACUCGCGGUCUAUUCUCUUUGCAAGAAGCCAGAACUUCAAUCUCGAUUGAGAGACGAGAUCCGAAGCCAGCUUCCCCCGCUUUCCGAGGACGUAGGGAUCACGUCGACCCAGAUCGACCAUCUGCCCUAUUUAAACGCGAUCUGCAAUGAAACCCUACGCUUGCUCAGUCCCGUCCCUGCGACGGGUCGGAUCUCGGUCAGGGACACGACCAUCCUGGGGACGUUCAUCCCGAAGGGGACGCAGAUCGUGAUCCCGUCCGCGGCGAUCAACCAGAGCAAGCAUUUAUGGGGCGACGAUGCGGCCGAGUUCAAUCCGGACCGGUGGAUGGGACCGGGGCGGGCCAACACGGGCGGAGCGGAAAGCAAUUAUGCGUUCAUGUCGUUCAUCCACGGACCGCGCAGCUGCAUUGGGAAGGACUUUUCCCGAGCGGAAUUCGCUUGUGUCAUGGCGGCGUGGUUUGGAAGGUUUGAAAUGCGGUUCAAGGAUCCGGCAUACAAACUUAUUCCCGCAUCGGGCAGCGUGGUGCUGAGGCCUCGAGGUGGCCUUGGUGUCAAGAUCACUCAGAUUGACGGUUGGUAAUCCGGGCGGUUGGUCUCACGAGAUAUUGAAUAUUAGUAGUACAGCUUUGAUCUUCAAUGCUCUAAAAUUGUCAUAAUCUAUUUUUCGCCCUUUCGCUCUUACGGUGAGCGUCAGUCUAGGUUAGAUAUGGCAGGUUGCAAUCACACUGCUUCCAAUAUCUCGAGCUGAGUAGCCUCAAAUGCUGAUACGGCUGACGGGCUGAGGAAGAUACAUACUGUACGGCCAAGAGAUGUGGUCGGAAGACAUCUGUGAUCUGCCCCUUACUCCUUACGCCCGAAACUAGAGCUCCUCACGAACCACCCGACAUUAGAGCCGCACAGGUAUGUCACAUCGACAACCAGGCAGUGGCGAUAAUAAGCAAUGGACGUAUCAUACGGAGUUUUGGACGGUGACUACUGGCAGGUCAUGGUGCCUGGUGGAGAAUAUGCUCCCUUCCCAGGUAAUUCAGCAUUCCCCCACACCUCCCUUCAAAAGCUUGAAACCAAUUCCGGGUAU